AACAGCCAGAGCCACGCCAGGAUGGAGGUCCUGAGAGAGAAGAUCGAGGAGGAGGAGGAGGCCGAGCGGGAGGAGGCAGCCGAGCGGAUGGAGAGGGGCGAGAAGACCAUGAGGCUGCCCGAGAUGCAGGUGCGGAAGGAGGAAACCAUCAUGACUCCGGAAAUGCUCAGGGAUCUGGAGAAGAAGCUGUCGGACAUCGAGAUCACUGUCCCGGAUAAGCCCUCGGUCAUUACCAAGGACACUAUCGACAUCUCCAAGCUGCCCCUUUCCUAUCAAAGCAACACCACCAAGGAGGAGCACCUGCUGCAGGUGGCAGACAACUUCUCCCGCCAGUACAGCCACCUGUGCCCAGAUCGUGUGCCCCUCUUCCUGCACCCACUGAAUGAGUGUGAAGUGCCCAAGUUCGUGAGCACAACCAUCCGGCCCACUCUGAUGCCCUACCCCGAGCUCUACAACUGGGACACCUGUGCCCAGUUUGUUGCAGACUUCCUCUCCAUGGAGCCCCUGUCCGACCCUCUCAAGCCGCCCUCGCACCUGUACUCCCCGACCACGGUGCUCAAGUACCAGAAGGGCAACUGCUUCGACUUCAGCACGCUGCUCUGCUCCAUGCUCAUUGGCUCCGGCUACGACGCCUACUGCAUCAACGGCUACGGCUCCAAGGACUUGUGCCUCAUGGACCUGACCCGGGAGGUGUGCCCGCUCACCAAGAAGCCCAGGGAGGCAGUCCAGGAGAAGGAAGUGGAACCACCUAAGAAGUAUGCCGUCAAGCCCCCCAGGGACCUGACCAGCAGGUUUGAGCAGGAGCAGGAGAUAAAGAAGCAGAAAGCCAUCAAAGCUGAGCAGGAUCUGCUGCGGAAGGAGGAGGAGGAGCGCCUCGGGGAGGCAAAGAACGAGAACUCCGACCCCCUGCAUGGCCUGCGCGUGCAUUCCUGGGUACUGGUGUUGUCGGGGAAGCGUGAGGUGCCCGAGAGCUUCUUCAUUGACCCGUUCACGGCGCGCAGCUAUAGCAACCAGGAUGACAACUUCCUGGGCAUUGAGAGCCUCUGGAACCACAAGAACUACUGGGUCAACAUGCAGGACUGUUGGAACUGCUGCAAGGACUUGAUCUUUGACCUGGGAGACCCUGUGAGGUGGGAGUACCUGCUUUUGGGGACCGAUAAGCCUCAACUGUCCAUAGCUGAGGAAGACGACGAUGGCCUGAACGAUGAUGACGACGUGGAAAACCUGGGCAAGGAGGAAGAGGGCUUCGACAUGCCGCACUCCUGGGUGGAUCAGAUUUCCAUCUCCCCAGAGGCGUUCGAGACCCGCUGCCCAAAUGGGAAGAAGGUGAUACAGUACAAGAAGGCCAUGCUGGAGAAGUGGGCCCCAUACCUCAACAGCAAUGGGCUCAUGUGCCGCCUCAGCACCUACGAGGACUCGGAGUGUACCAAGACUUUGGAGAUAAAGGAGUGGUACCAGAAUCGGGAAGACAUGCUAGAGCUGAAGCACAUAAACAAGGUCACAGGCCUGAACAUCGACUACUUCAAGCCCGGCCACCCCCAGGCUCUGCGUGUGCACUCGUACAUGUCCAUGCAACCUGAGAAUGAUCGAGUCAUGGAGUUCUACGAAAGGGCCCGUGUGGAUAGCCUGGUAAAGCGGGAGGAGACGCCCAAGACAAUGACUGAAUACUAUCAAGGACGGCCAGACUUCCUCUCCUACCGCCAUGUCACUUUUGGACCCAGGAUCAAGAAAUUAAAUCUGAACAGCGCAGAGUCGAACCCCCGGCCCAUGGUGAAAAUCACAGAGCGGUUCUCCCGCAACCCGGCCAAGCCCGCUGACGAGGACGUGGAGGAGCGCGUGUUUCUGAUCCUGGAGGAGCGCAUCCAGCUGCGCUACCACUGCCUCGAGGACCACAUCACGGCCUCCAAGCGCGAGUUCCUGCGGCGCACCGAGGUGGACAGCAAGGGCAACAAGAUCAUCAUGUCGCCCGAAAUGUGUAUUAGCUUCGAGGUGAAGCCCAUGGAGCACACCAAGAAGCUUCUCUACCAGUACGAGGCCAUGAUGCAACUGAAGAAUGAAGAGAAGCUGUCCAGACAUCAGGCCUGGGAGUCCGAGCUAGAGGUGCUGGAGAUCCUGAAGCUUCUAGAGGAAGAGGAGGAGGCGCACACGCUGAAAAUCUCCAUCUAUGACACGAAGCGCAAUGAGAAGAGCAAGGAGUACCGAGAGGCCAUGGAGCGCGUGAUGCACGAGGAGCACCUGCGGCAGGUGGAGGCUCAGCUGGACUACCUGGCCCCGUUCCUGGCACAGCUGCCCCCAGGAGAGAAGCUGACGCGCGGGCAGGCCUUACGUCUCAAGGACGAGUGCCUCAGUGACUUCAAGCAGCGGCUCAUUGACAAGGCCAACCUUAUCCAGGCCCGUUUCGAGAAGGAGACCCAGGAGCUGCAGAAGAAGCAGCAGUGGUACCAGGAGAACCAGGUGACCCUGACAGCUGAAGAUGAAGACUUGUACCUCAGUUACUGCUCUCAGGCCAUGUUCCGCAUCCGCAUCCUGGAGCAGCGGCUCAACCGACACAAGGAGCUGGCCCCGCUGAAGUACUUGGCUCUGGAGGAAAAGCUCUACAAGGACCCGCGCCUGGUGGAGCUCCUAAAAGUCUUUGCUUGAUG